AUGGAGGAGGGCAAGAAGCCCGCUACUGCAACAGAGCGCAUGGCGGCCACAGGCUCCUCAUUGGCACGAGGUGUUGGUGCUAAGGCAGAGGCCCCCAAGGCAAAGGCCAAGCCUGCUGCGGCGGCACCCACGAGCUCCAAGUACGCCGGCACAACGACGACCGGGCCAGUGCAGGUGGCACCCGCAAGCGUGCUGAACAUCGUGAGUGGCAAGCCCGUGCCGGCCGGAGAGACGAGUGGCACAGCCUAUGCCACCAGCACCGUAGGACCUGCCAGAGGUUAUGCCAAGGCUGCUGGUGCCGUGCUUCCCGCCACGGCGACAGGGCCCGAUGGCAAGGCGCUCGACGUGCCCAAGGCCGGACCUCCUGCAGUGGCUGUGGGCCGCGCACUGGCAGAGGGCCGCAGCCCUGCCUUCUCCAUGGCGGACGGCAAGCUCCGUGCGGCUAUUGGAAAGAAGUACCAGAUCGUCUUCGUCACGAGCGAGGUCGCACCGUUCUCCAAGACCGGAGGACUUGGAGAAGCCAUGGACGGUUUGCCGAUUGCGCUGGCAGCCCUGGGCCAUCGUUGCAUGGUGAUCUCGCCACGCUACGACCAGUACAAGGAGGCGUGGGACACCGGCUACUGGAGCUCCCUGCCGAUGGGUGGCAAGAACGAAUCCGUGCACUUCUUUCACAGCUACAAGCAGAAGGUGGACUAUGUCUUCGUCGAUCACCCGACGUUCCUAGAGAGGGUCUACGGACAGACAGGAGCCAAGUUGUACGGCCCGGAGUGGGGUCAGGACUUCGCAGACAAUCAGGCGCGAUUCGCCUAUUUCUGCAAGGCGGCAUUGAAGGCCAUUCAGGAGCUUCCUCUGGGCGGCGCCGUGUACGGUGGCGACUGCAUGGUCGUCUGCAACGACUGGCAUUCCGCCCUUGUUCCGAUGCUCAUCCACGCUGAGAAAGCCACAGGCAAGUGGCAGAACACGAAGUCCGCCUUCCUGAACCACAACGCCGUGUUCCAGGGCCGUUUCGUGCGCGAAGAAGGCUUGGCGGGCAUCUUCGGAGUGCCAGAGCGCUACAUCGACAGCAUCACCUUCAAGAUGCCCCUUCGCAUCGGAAAGUACAACGAAAAGGUCAGCUGUGUGAACUCCAUGGCGGCUGGUCUUCGAUAUGCCGACAGGGUCCUCACCGUGUCCCCGAGCUAUGCCGUGGAGUGCUGCACGGACCCGGAGAAGGGUGUUGAACUGGAAGACCUUUUCGCCCUGGGCAAGUGCACAGGAAUUCUCAACGGCGUGAAGGAAGGGGUAUCUCCCAGCGACAAGAACUUCGUCACGAAGACCAUGAUGUCGUGCGGGGUCUUUACCGCUGCCACGGCAGCGGAGGCGAAGGCUGAGCUCAAGGCCACCUACCGAGCGCAGAACAACCUCCCCGAGUCCAAGGGACCGCUGAUGUGCUUUAUUGGAAGGCUGGAUGCCCAGAAGGGCUAUGACCUGCUCCUGGAGUCCUUGGUGGAGAUCCUCGAGGACACCGAGCUCCAGGUUGUCAUCGUCGGUUCCGGCCGAGCAGACCUCGUAGCACAGACCAAGGCCGUGGAGAAGAAGUAUCCUAGCAAGUUCUUCUACGGAGGCUGGAUGGGCCCGGAGCGCUAUGCACUCCUCGCUGGUUGCGACUUCACGCUGCUGCCUUCCAGGUGGGAGCCCUGCGGCCUCGUACAGAUGGAGGCGAUGCGCAUGGGAACCCUGCCCAUCGUCGCCCCCACCGGCGGCUUGAAAGACACGGUGGAGGAUGGCCUCAACGGCAUUUGGACGGACAAGGAAAUGUCCGUCGAGGCCGUGGUAGACGAGGAGUCCGUGGCGUCGAUCUCGAAAGCGUUGAAGCGAGCUGCAGAUCUCUACAUGCAGGAGCCCGCCAAGGUCAAGGAGAUGACAAAAGCCGCGAUGGCCGCUUCUGCAGAGUUCACCUGGAGCAAUGCGGCGUUGCAAUACGAGGCCGUUUUCGAGGAGCUCGGUGUGAAGGAGAUGCUCGGGGGUGCCACUGCAAUGGUUACUCUGGAAGCCGACAAGCAGGCUCGGACAAACAUCUACUACUGCCUAUGCGUUGCACAUUCAGACUGCUUGGUAAGGUUUGCUAGAGACCCUGCAGUGAAGCUUGGUGGUGGCGGCCUUGGCCUCCUUCCGUUUCGUGCACGUGGAAAUCACGGUCUCUUGGCCGCCGAGGUCCACUAUCGGCACAUUCAGUGCCCUUGUUUUCCCCAACCGUGGCCACCAAAGCUCGUCGCCCUAUGUGCGAUUUUCGAUGAGUGA